UUACAGAGAGUUUUAUAUAUGACACUCCUGCUCCUGGUUGUGAUCUAUAACAUGGAUGCUGGAGAAACUUGUACUACAUAUAUUAAUGGAACCCUUACGUUGGAGAAUAAAACUACAAUGAGGCUUAACCUCUCAGAUUCAGCUGGACUCAACAUUAACGUGACUGACAUCGCUAAACGAUUAUAUUGUAAUUUCAGGAACUACUCUUGCUAUAUCGAAUGUUCCUUUUUCAAUGUUAGCGACAACUUUACCAAACCAAUAAACAUAAACGCAUGCGUGACCCUUAAUGAAGAGACAAGAGUCAACUUCACCAUAGAAAACAGUAACUCAUCUUGUAUUGUGGUAGCAUGCUUGAUAGGAGAGUUACGUAGACUCUUGAACACAAAAGAUACAGGGAUGAGGCUGCAAGAUCUGUCAAACAUUCCAAAAAUUAAAGGAAUGUGUCUGGAGACCUUCAAUCGGGACAUCUUUAUUCUGUACACCGGGGUGGAGCAGAAAGCCAUACACAACGUUAUAAACUUUACUAACCAAUCCAACAUCUACAGUAAUGAGGAUUUUGAACUGAGUGUGGUUAAUGUGAAUAUGAGCACGCCGGACACCGUGCUAGUCGACGUGCCACUUAUUUAUAGUGAUAAUCCUGAUUUACCAAUGCAACAAAUAGGGAUCCCAGUGGAGGCUUUCCAUAAGGUCACAGAGGCCCAGCCGAAAGUCGGUAUAGUGAAAUACAUAUCAGAUGAACACUUUAGGAGUAGUCUGACAAGUGAAUCCGAUAUUAUAUCCAAGAUCAUACGGAUUGAAGUUCCUGGAUAUGAUAUUAAGAAUUUGAAAAAUUCACUUAAAAUACAGUUCUCAGUAAAGAAAAACACUACGUACACUCGGAACUUCACCAUUUCAUGUCAGUUCUAUGAUAAUAAAGUUGACUACACGUGGAAAAGCGAUGGUUGUUUGACCAGUUACAGCAAUGACAGUUUUGUGGAGUGUUUGUGUGAUCAUAUGACACCAUUUGCUGUGCUUCUGACUUAUGCAAAAAUUGACAAAUAUCACUGGGAAAUAUUGUCAAUCAUCAGCUACAUAGGCUGCAGUCUGUCUGCAUUGUUCUGUGCCGUCUCCAUGUUGUCCUAUAUUGUUGAUAGUAAUGCCAGGAAAGAAGUGUCCACCAGCAUCCACGUGUCUCUGAGUGCUGCUCUGUUUCUCCUCAACAUCAGCUUCAUGCUCAGUGAAUGGGCCGCCACACUGACUAUAAAGGAAGUUUGUGUGUUUAUUGCUGUGACGAUACACUACAGUCUGUUGUGUUGUUUCAGCUGGAUGACCAUUGAAGCUCUGCACCUCUAUCUUCUUAUGAUCAGAGUCUUCAACAUUCACAUCAAGCACUACAUGGUCAAGCUUUCUCUGUUUGGAUGGGGAGUUCCCGCACUUUUUGUUGGAAGUUUGCUAUCAGUUAGUUUGCUAUCAGUUAAUAAAACUGAACAUUUUUAUGGCCCCUCCAGGAUGUCAUUAUCAAACGAAACACAAAAAUUUUGCUGGAUAACAUUUCCUACCCCUUAUGCCAUCAACAUUUCCUACUUAAUCCUCGUAUUCCUGUUCAGCACAGGAAUCUUGAUCACGGUGACUAGAAAGAUUUGUAUGAUGCGAAAAGUGGACAAAAGGCAUAAGGUGGCACCCUGCAAGGAUGUCCUCACAGUGCUGGGUCUCAUGUGUCUGCUGGGUACCACGUGGGGUUUGGCCUUCUUCACCAUUGGAUAUACAAACUACCCUAUUCUCUACCUCUUCUGUAUCUUCAACUCAACACAAGGCUUUUAUGUCUUCAUCUGGAUGUGUUUAAUAGCGAGGAAGAACAGAAAGCAACGGCCCCGUUUCGAGACUAAAUCCAUGACGGACACGUCCAAACUACAGUAAAGAUAUGUCCUAAUGUUUCCAUCCCAUGUUGGAC